AUGAUCGGUUUCCCGCAAGCAGGAAGCUCAGUUCGAAUCUCGUCUCGUUCCUUCGUGAGAGGGCAAGAAGGCAACUCCCGCAAUGCAUUCCUCGUGAAAUGCAAGAGGAGGGGGCUCUCCUAUAAGGAGAUCAAACGCAUCGGUGGGUUUAAGGAGGCUGAAUCGACCCGACGCGGGGGGAUAUAG